GACCGAGACAGCUGCACCUCGAGAUCGUCACAGCAAGCAGUCCCGCCGCCCAUAUCCUCAAGAUGCCGAAAGUCUACAAGCCAGGAAAAGUCGCUAUCGUUCUGCAGGGCCGCCAGGCUGGAAAGAAGGUCGUCGUGAUCAAGCAGAAUGACGAAGGUACUAAGGACCGGCCCUAUCCCCACGCCAUCGUUGCGGGCAUCGAGCGUUACCCGCGGAAGGUCACGCGGAGUAUGGGUGCUAAGAAACUGACGCGGCGGAGCAGAGUGAAGCCUUUCAUCAAGGUUGUCAACUAUUCGCAUCUCUUCCCAACACGGUACGCCCUCGAGCUUGAGAGCUUGAAGGGCUCCGUCUCUGCGGACACCUUCAAGGAGCCAUCGCAACGGGAAGACUCCAAGAAGAACAUCAAGAAGCUGUUUGAGGAGCGUUACCAGUCGGGCAAGAACAAGUGGUUCUUCCAGGCACUCCGCUUCUGAGCGCAUCGUUGUUUUGUUGUGAUGGGGGGAGUGGGGAUCCAAAACGCUACAUGUACAUCACAUGUUUCUAUGAUGCAUGCGCUAUCCUCAUAUUGCAUUCAUGUUGCUCCAUGGCAUUUCAUCUAAUUAUCUGAGUGAGCUCGUAAGGCGAGGCAAACCUUGUGUGUCUAUGUCUUGUAGAUAUGUGGGAUGAUAUAAUGCCGGACAGAGUAGCGAAUGGAAUACGAU